UGGUAAAUGGGACAGGAACUUACAUGUCCUCAGACAGGAUCUGGGGACAGGCCGGGCUGGUCCCCGCCUCCCUUCCUUCCUGCUCCACACCCCCAGGCUGUGGAGCAAACACUGCUCUCUGAGGCAGGACUCUUGGACCCUCAUCGCCUGCAGCCAUGGGGAGCCCUCAGGAUUUCCGGAGCCUGCAGGCCAAGUUUCAGGCCAGGAAACCCGAGACCAGCGGACUCCCCAAAAGAGCCUCAAAGCCAGACAUCAACAAGCUCCUUAAGAAGUUUCCCCCAACUGAACUCAGCGAGCACCCUCAGAAGCCCCCUGAGUUCAGUGUGGGGCCCAGGAAGCCCCCGCAGCCUGAGUUCCCUGCUCUCCCAAAGAAGCCCCCGCAGCCCGAGUUCCCUGCUCUCCCAAAGAAGCCCCCGCAGCCUGAGUUCUCUGCCCCCACUAAGAAGCCCUCGCAGCCUGAGUUCCCUGACCCCAAGAAGCCCCCACAGCCUGAGUUCCCUGCUCCCGCAAAGAAGCUCCCCCAGCCUGAGUUCCCUGAGCCCCCCAGGAAGCUCUCGCAGCCUGAGUUCACUGAGCCCCCCAGGAAGCUCCCGCAGCUUGAGUUCCCUGACCCCAAGAAGCCUCCCCAGCCUGAGUUCUCUGACCCCCCUAGAAAGCCCCCGCAGCCUGAGUUUCCUGUUCCCCCAAAGAAGCCCCUGCAGCCUCUCACCCCCAGAAAGCCGUCGCAACCUGAGUUUAUUGACAGCCCCAGGAAGUCCCCGCAGCCCGAGUUCCCUGAUCCCUCCGGGAAACCCAAGUUCCCUGAGACGGAGCCCCCGACACCUGAGGUGCGGGAACUCUCCAAACAGUUUGAGAAGCCCCUCCAAUCCCCCAGGAAGGCCCCCCUGCAGCCUGGCCUGGGGCCCACUGUGCGCCCCAGGAAGCAGCUGAUGUCUGAGCCCACGGAAGACACCCUCUGGGCCGAGGCUGGCACACCCCCCCGAAAGUCCUCACAGCCGGCUAUCAGCAACCCCCCACCCCACUCCCCAAAGUCCCCACAGCCUGAGACAGGCACCCACCCCCAGAAGCCCCCGCUGACCCGAGUGGGUCACCUACCCAGGACCACAUCGGAGCCCCACGUAGGCGGCGCACUCCCCAGAAAGCCACAGCAGCUGCCAUUCCAGGCCGUUCCUAGGAUGCCCCCUGAGCCGGCCGCCGGCAGCCUACCCAGGACCGUUUCGGAACCCGAGUUCCAGCUGCUCCCGGGAAAGCCACCACAACUUCAGCCCCACGCUAGGCUGCAGAAGCACCCCCCAGCCGAGCACCCCAGAAAGCCCCGGCUCCCUGCUUCCGUGUCCGAGAGCUCGCUGCCCUCUCUCACGGGGGGCUUGGGCCCCCAAUUCCCACCGGGCCUCGGUGCAGGCCGGUGGAGACCCAGGGCUCUCGCAGCCAGGGGUUCGCAGCUGUGCCUCCAGGGCAGUGUCCCACCCCAGCGGAGGCCUCUGCCGUCCAUCAGCAGCCUGGGGCCACCACCUGUCAAACCCCCGCUGCCUCCAGGCCCCAGGAACAUCCAGAGUUACCGGAGCCUCAUGGGGGCCGCCUCAGCAGUGCGAAGGACCCGCUCGGCCGCUGGGACCCUCUGCCAGACCCGGCUGCCUAGACAGCCCCGUCCAGACCCGGAUGACAUUUAUGAGCUAUACGAUGAUGUGGAGCCCCAAGAAGAGCCCAGCCCCAGGCCCAAGGCUGUAGAGAAAACGUCAUCCAUGGGGCAACUGCCCAGGAGGCCACUGCAGGAACCAGAGCUCAGGAAGGAGAAGGUGCAGCCUCCGCCGCUGCCCCCGGCAGACCUGAAGUCCCAGAAGCAGAUGAGGAAGGCGGAGAAGGCGGAGCGCGAAUUCCGGAAGAAAUUCAAGUUUGAGGGGGAGAUUGUGAUCCAAACGAGGAUGAUGAUCGAUCCCAACGCCAAGACGCGGCGUGGGGGUGGCAAGCACCUGGGGAUCCGGCGCGGGGAGAUCCUGGAGGUGAUCGAAUUCACCAGCAAGGAGGAGAUGCUCUGUCGGGACGCCAAGGGCAAGUAUGGCUACGUACCCAGGACUGCACUCCUGCCCCUAGAGACGGAGGUCUACGACGACGUUGGCUUCUGGGAUCCGAUGGAGAACCAACCCAUACCGCGGGGACGAUAAGCCACCCGUGCAGUCGCCCAGGGUCCAUGGUGUCGCAGAAGUCCCCAGGCCAGACCACCAACACGACCCACCCACAAAACGCUUCUCUUGAAACCAACUCCAGGGGCUAGGGAGAGGGCUCAGAGGGCAGGCGCACAUGCUGGCACCAAUGGGAGCCCGGUCUGUGGAAAUAAAUCAAAGCAGCCCCCGUG